UAUGACUACUUGCCCGGAGAUGGGCCUGUUAUCUUCUACCUUCCAGCGCUCAACCAAACCAGGCACGGCGCCAAGGCUAACGCUGUAAAGACUUGGUGCCGCCGCAAUGGCCGAAGCUUCUUGGUGGCAGAUUACUACGGCACUGGCAAGAGUGACGGUGAGUACAGUGAUGCCACUAUCACCCGCUGGGCCAAGGAUGCGGCAGCUUUGAUCGAUUGGUUGAAGAAGGAGCAUGACCAUGACGGAGUCAUCAUGGUGGGAGCCGGUGUUGGUGGAUGGGUUAUGCUGCACACAGCUCAGUGGCGCAAGGACUCGAUUGUCGGUCUUGUUGGAGUCGCCGCUGACCCUGAUUUCACUGAAACUUUGGUUUGGCCUGCGCUUGAAGACUCGGUGAAGCAAGAGAUCGAAAACAAGGGGCUGGCGGUGAUCACAUGGGCUGGUAAGCCGUAUACGGUGACAAAGGCUCUCUUCGAUGAUGGCCGCAAGAUGCAAGUGUUGAACAAAGGGCCCAACUCCAUCCCCAUCACAUGCCCCGUCAGGCUCAUCCAGGGCCUUGGGGAUGAGGAGAUCCCUCCUGAGCGAGCGCUGGAGCUCAGCGACUGCUUGCUCAGCCGCGACGUGGUCAUCACCUACGUCAAAUACGGGAAGCACGCGCUGGAGGACUACGAGGACGACUUCAGAAGAAUUUAUUUCGCAGUGGAAGAUAUCGAAAGGCAGGUUGUCCGCCAGAACUGGUUGAGGAACAUGAACCGCCCGGUCUGA